UUACAGUGCACAGGAGGAGCUGCUGGAUGCUCCCACGUCCCCGAGGUUGUUCAAUGUUACAACAAAGGCUGGGAUGGCUAUGAUGUACAGUGGCAGUGCAAAGCAGACUUGGAAAAUACCUACCGUUUUGGACAAAUUGAAGUGAGCUGCGAAGGCUACGAUUAUCCAGAUGAUCCUUACAUCUUAAAAGGCUCCUGUAGUUUGCUGUUCAGGCUAGAGCUGACUGAGGAAGGUCAAAGGAGAGUGAAGAACUCUGGAAGCUUUGGCUCUGACUACUAUCAGUCAAGAAAGGAUUUUUCAGAUUCUAGUGCUGGAGCUAUUGUUGUAAUUGUUCUUCUGGUUCUUGCUUUUGGAGUAUACAAGCUCUUUCUUGGUAACCAGCAGCCUCAGCAGAGUUUUGGUGACAGCGAUGGAUUCACGAGACCUUCCUGGCAGAGUCAGUAUGCACCUCCUCCUCCUCCUGGGUUUAAGCCCAGUUUCACAGAAGGUGACUUCUUUGGAACUCAUUCCAGUCAUGGAACCAAUUCGGGACCAGGAUUUUGGACCGGAUUAGGAGCAGGAGGCUUGCUAGGCUACUUGGCUGGCAGUCACAGAGCACAGCCACAUUCCCCGUAUUACAGCACGUGGACGGAUUCCGCAGCUCCACCUCCAGUGAGCAGGCAGUCAAGCAAUUCCACAGAAGCUAGCGGCUCGGGAACAAGAACAGCUUCUGGCUUUGGAGGCACAAAACGAAGAUGA